CUGAAUGCCUAAGAGCUGAGCUGACCUCACAGCACGAGGAAGCCCGACAGCUCACCGCUUGACGAUUGCAUAUAUUCCGGCGCAGCAUGUUGGCCUGGUCAUGACGGAACACGAUCCUGCCGUGCGAAACUCGACCCUCAACGCCCUCCGGCUGUCCUGCCCCUCCGCCGAAGUCCUCGACCCGCCCUCCGACCCAUCUCCGAGUCCAAUGGAGAAUCCCUUCAUAGAUGCCGACGCAGAAUGGUCAGAUGAGGAGGUGUUAAUACCCAAGAACCGGAGGAAGAUGCAUUAUGUGCCGCCGACCGUGACAGUAACGGCAAGCCUAUCUACGGCGGAGUCCACCUCGUCUGGAUCGAAUUCGCCCAGUCCGAACCGUUUGUCGGUCAAUGGAUCACCCCUCAUACCGCCGAAAUCACCCUCGCGGCCGGAUAUACGGCCGGGAAGCAGUCAGGAGGAUCUGGUCCAGCGCUUCUACCAGGUAACGAGGGAGCGGGAUGCGCUGCGAAAAGAGCUGCAGAGGAAGUCAAUGGGACCACAUGGGAUUCCGGCCCGGGCGUCAGUCGUAUACAAGUCGGAUGAGAAAACGCUGAUUGAGGAGCUACAAGCGUUGCGUUACGAGAUCCGCCUUUGGACUGAAGAGUAUUUUAGCGGGCCGCCGUCUUCACGGAGCAAGCGACCGCACGUCCACAGAGCGAAGGAACUAUUCGGCUCGUUAACGGACAAUUACAACGUGUAUCUGAAGCACAACCGGGACCGGCCGCUUUUGAUUCAAGCGUACAUAUGGUCGAAGUUGCAGCAGCGAAUUUUUAGCACUCUGAACAAGGGCUGUGGUUAUGUCUGGGCUGGGAAACUGGGCGACAGGAAAUUGCGCCCGUUGAACGAUACACUACGAAAAGCCGUUAGAAACGAAGAGCAAGCCGAGGAAUACCACCACUGGCGCGCCAUGACCGUGAACCUCCUAGUCCCGCAAGUCGACGGCAAAUGGUGCCCCACCUUCGACGCCGCCCCCGUCCUAAAGCGGAUCUCCCGCUUCUGCAGCCGCCUACGGCGCAAAUUACGCCCUUGGUCCACCUCCUCUCUCCGCCUCGGAAAAGAGCAACUCUACACCAUCGUAUCCGCUGCCGUGGCCCUGGACCUAAAAAUGAAGCGUCAACGCGCUGACUACCGCUUCGUAACGUUCACCGGGGGGAAACCCGACCAGUUUUGGGGCUAUGGAUUCUACGAUAGCGAGAUGGAGGACAUUGAUGAGGAAGAGGAGGGGAAGGCGAGACGGGUGGAGUUGAGUCUUGCGCCAGCGCUGGAGAGGUGCGGGAAUGCGAAUGGGCACGUUUUUGAUCAGAAUUUCAUUCUGGUCAAGGCGGAUGUUAGUUGUAAGAGGCUAGAUCGGAAAAGAGCGGGUGGGAGGCCAGGGAGGAGGCAUGGGAUACGGAGUGUGAUGAAUAUAUGGCAUCGGUAGCUUGGCUCAAGACGGGCUUGAAUUAAUAUCACGCUUAGCAUCGACAUUAGAUCCAGCCUUCCAUCCCAUCGCCGCCCUCACGGUGUAGAAUUCUCCGGAUAGAACGACGUGAGUAACGGCCAACCUGGAGGCCUUUACAGACGCAUAAAAUGCCAAUAAGCAUGCACGACGAGCCCUU